CCUUGCUUUGUGCAGAUACCUGUGUUCAACAUGGGUAUUACCGAAACAUAAUGGAAUGAACGUAAUGGUAUUCAACAGCCAUCAAAUGAUUAUCAUAUAGAUUGUUUGUAAUUGCGAAUGUAGCUAAUUGCCCUUUGGGCAACCGUUUCAGAGGUGAAAUUGAUAUUUUCUAAUUUGAGUGACGUACACACUGAAACGGUAAAGGUGAAUUGCCGGUGCAGCACUGGAAAUCAGGAGCGAAUAUUACGAACUGGUAUCAGCGCAGAAAGUAAAUUGAACUGAGAAAAGUUUAUUUGAUUUAUGUGGCGUGGGACACAACCGCUCAGUACACUGCCAUCUGCGCAUGCGAGCCACAAGCUCAUACAAGCAGAAAAGUUGUAUCCUGUACAGAUUCCGAGUGCAUGUGUGCUGGAGGGAAACUGAUUCUGUGUAACUGCAGUAGUCCCCGUUGUUUUAUUACCGCUCGGAAAAGCCUGCGAGUGCAGACAGAAUCAACUAUCUCCAAGACACUGACCGACGGGCAACCCAAGGUGAUAAAACAAGCUCACUGGCGAACAAUUUCAGAGCUACAGAGAGCAACGCUGAAGCUACCCAGCUAACCUGAAAUGGCGACGGCAAUAUACUUGGAACAUUACCUUGACAGUAUUGAAAAUCUGCCUUGUGAACUACAGAGAAAUUUUACUUUGAUGCGGGACCUGGACAACAGGACUGAAGAAAAGAAAGGAGAGAUUGAAAAACUGGCUGAAGAGUACAUCGCAACGGUGAAAAACUUGGCCUCUGAGCAGAGAGUGGAACACUUGCAGAAGAUAGAAAAUGCCUACAGCAAGUGCAAAGAGUUCAGUGAUGACAAGGUCCAACUUGCAAUGCAGACAUAUGAAAUGGUGGACAAACAUAUCCGCAGACUGGAUGCAGAUCUUGCACGGUUUGAGAAUGAGCUAAAGGAGAAACUGGAAGUGAGUGGCUACGAAAGCACAGAGGGAAGAGGAGUGAAAAAGGGUGAUUCCCGAGGAAUGAGGGAGAAGCGUGGAUCCAGGGGACGAGGAAGAAAAGGCUCUGAUGAAGAUUCUCCCAGAAAGAAAAAGAUGAAAAACAGCCCAGACUUGAGUGACGCUCUCCUGCCUAUGCAACCAUCUGAUGUUUUGGACAUGCCAGUGGAUCCCAAUGAGCCUACAUACUGCCUGUGCCAUCAGGUGUCAUAUGGCGAGAUGAUUGGAUGCGAUAACCCUGAUUGUCCGAUUGAGUGGUUUCACUUUGCUUGUGUAGAUCUGGCCACAAAACCCAAAGGAAAAUGGUUUUGUCCGAGAUGCACCCAAGACAAGAAGAAAAAAUGAGAUUUUUUUUAAUCUCAGAAGUGCUUAACUCAUAGUGUAUGUAUUUUUGAUGUAGUUUAAUAGUGUAAUAUAAAUAUAUACAUAUUCAGUUCCUAAAGCUCUCCAUAGAAAUGGUGGGGUCAUACAGCGAUUUUUGUUUUUUAAAGGCCUAAUCUGGAUUUGGAGUAUAGCUGCCCCUGUGGCACCAUUAGAUGCUAUUAUGAUUGUUUCAUUGGAUUUAAGACAGCUGUCUUUGUCUAAUACUUUCAAAAUCAGUAAUUCACCUGCGAUUUGGGUACUCUGAGUAAAGUCUGGGCAGUGGAGUUAAAAAUAGCAAGAUUGUUACCAUCAGAAAGUCCUUCCUUUUAUAACUCAUGAUGUGUUAAUUACUAAUGUACUCAAAAAUCCGGGAUUGUGGCUUGAGCAUACUUGAAAUGACAAUUUUAUAAAAAAAAAAAAAAAAAGUCUAUUUUUUAAAA